AUUUCUGAGCAGCACUGCCUAACAAUGCACGAAAAUUCCGUCGCAUUUCAAAAAAUGCAAUUUACAUUUUGAGCCGAAACCCAAAACCCAAAACCCGACUGCAAUUGUGUCACAUAAAGGGAAGUGGAUACACGUGAGGUGGUGCAAAAUGCCUGGACAUCAGUGUGCCAGCGCACACCAACGCAAACACACGGACGAGAAGCGUCUGCUGGCGUCGCGCGUCCCACCAAAAGCCAGGGAAUACUUAUCCGAGCUGGCUGUGGAUCGGGAACUGGAGCGCUUCAUGGCGUUGUCCUCGACCAACAGCAGCGGCACCAGUCGCAGCAACACGAGCAUGUACACGGCGCCCCUACACUGCACGCCACGAUCUGUGGCAGCGCCCUCAAAGCCCGCCCGUUGCAGGACUGGCCAGCAGCAGGAAGCAGCUGCCGUUGCCUCUGUGCCAAAGGGCACACAAAGCGAGCAGGAGAUCAUCAAAGGGAUUGAUGUAGCCAUUGUAGCCACCGAAUGCGUUGUGUCCGCGUCCGUGGAGGAUCUGCGCACACCCCCGAAGCCGAAGCCGAACCCGAAGCCAGCGGGCAGCCAGGCGCCGGACAGGACGCCCGAGAAGAAGACAAAAAAUACGCAAACGCCCGAGUCGUCGGCGAUGAAGUCUCACAAGCGCCUCGAAUGGGAUCCAGCCGCCGAUGUGGGCUACUACAAGCGAGCGGUGUCCACCAGCAACCUGAGCACCUUGGAGCGCUCCGUCUUGGAGGAGUGCUGGCGCCAGCCGCAGCAGCGUUCGGAAACCGAUUUGGAUCGGCUGCAGCUGGAGCCACUGCCGCUGGCGCAGCCGCCGCCUCUGGCCUCCAGCACGUUCGUCCACCGCAGCGAACGGAGGAACACGCACAGUCGGGGCAGCAGCAGCAAUCAAAGCAAUCGGAGCAGCUCCAGGCGCGAGCUAACAUCCCCAACUGGUGGCAGCUCGGUGGCCAGCAGCUUCGAUUAUCAUCACUCAUCGUUGCCGCAGCAGCAGCAGCAGCAGCAGCAGCAGCCGCAGCAGCUGGCAAAGGAGAAGGAGAAGGAGCGUCAGUAUACGGCCGCGCAGCUGGAGAAGGUGCUGGCCAGUCGAAGGCAGGCAAGGGCAAAGGAGAACAAAGAAAACUGCCAACCAGCGCCAGACAGAGGCAGCUCCACUGCCUCAUCCCCAACUGCGGCAGGAGCUGAAGCGGAAGCAGCAGCAGCAGCCGCCAAGGGAGAUCUAGACUUGGGCGUGGAUCUGCUCUGUUCGCUGGUGCAGUCCCACAGCCUCAGCCACAGCCAGAAGAAGGUUCUGAUACGGAACAUAGCGAAGCGCAUCUCCUGCAUCGAAUUUGGGGACACGCUGCGCUCCCGCCAGAGCCCAUCGAAGGGCAAAGCUGCUGCACAGCUGCAGGACAUGGCCACCAAUACGACAGCGAGUGUGGCUCUGGCUCGGCCCGUGCCAGCGCCAAGGACACGCAUUUUGAUGGCCAACCACUCGGGCUCCUCCACAGCGAGCAGCUCCAAGGAGAUGGUCACCGCACGCAGCAAUCCACGCGCCAGCAAAGCAGCCAGUGAAGCCACCGAAACGGAGCAGCGUCCUGCCUCUGCGGAGGCUGUCAUCGCCCCUGCUGCAGCCGCUGCAGCUCCCCCACCCACCACCGCUCGGGCGGAGCUGGAACUCGUGAGCCAGGAGUGGCUCAAUCCGAUGACCCAAAGCGAGAUCGAGUACGAGGAGCGUUCGCGCUCGCGGUCGUGCUCGUCGAGCAACGACUCGGAGCGUCGCCUGGCACUCCGUUCGAUUGAGUUGGAGAUUGAGCGGCUGCAGCUGAUGUACAAGAUUGUGCACAGGAAGUCCUAUGGCCAGGCAGUGGCAGUGGUUCACGGGAGUCCCCCAAAUGCCAUCGAGUACAAUCCGCUGAUCAGUGUGGAUGCGCCUCAGCAGGAAGUACGUCCGCCAGUGGGUGCACCAGAGGCGCCUCUCCACACACAGGAAGGACUAGCACCCGUAGAGCGGGCCUCAGAUGAGCUGCCAGCCGCAGCGGAUGUACAGGCGAUACCAACACCACCCCCGGCACCCCCACCACCACCACCACCAGCGAGCGGCAGGCCACAGCGUGAAAAGAUGGCAACACCCAACAGCUCCAACAGCGAUGGCGGGCGCAGCGAAAGUGUUUGCUCAUUUGUGCAGCAGCGGCAGCGACAGUUUAUGGAGCACUAUCAGAACCAACAGCAGCAGCAGCUGCAACAAUUGCAACAGCACCAGCAGCAGCAGAAAUUGCAGCGUGUAAUGCCACGAAUGCAGUUGCAACAGGAGCGACAACAAGAGCCACAAUCUAUGGCAUCACAGCACUACAUUCAAAUGGCACCUGGAGAUGGUGUUUACUACACUGCAGUGCCAGAUGGCGCCACCACCACCACAACGACCACCACCGCCAGCAGCAGUUCAAUCUCCUCGAUGUUGUGCCUCAGCUCGGAGAUGUCCAUACCGAUGGCGGGGGGUGGAGUGGUAAGCAGCUCCAAGACGACCACAACCACCACCACCAGCACCACGCAUCAGUAUGAUGAGGCAACAACGGGUAGCAGAGGCCAAAGGCAACGCAGAGACCGCAACGAGAGUCAGCAGCCAACGCAGACACAGACACAGCGCAGGGGCAGGCAUGGCAUUGCGUACAUGAUUCAGUUUGUGGAGAGCGAAACGCAGCAGACAAUGUCGCUGCAGGAUCACCUGCAGCUCGCUCGCCCCAAGUUCUGUGCCAAGUCCAAGCAGCGCAAGGCCAUACUCAAUCAAAUGCAGAUGCUGCGCAGCGAGCGACGGCGCGAAUUGGAGCAGCUGCUCGGGGAGGAUGUCACACUGGAGACACUGGACAGGCGACUGCAACAGUUGCCACCGCCGGUCACAUCUUGCGUUCGAGUUUUCUCCACCAAAGAGAUGAAGGCACUGACCAGCAAACGUUGCCAGCGACUGCCCGAGGUUGUGGCCGCUCAGAAUCGUGUGCGCGAGGAGCAACGGCGUCGCAGCAAUCGCCUCAUGCGUGAUGUCUUCAAUCGGCGCAUGCAAAGUCGCGUGUCCAAGGGCAAGAUAUCCCUGAACCACAGCCUGACAAUCAUUUAGGAAAUGCAUCCCCUUCCCCCCUUACAAAACACACUGCCAGUUGAAGGCUUGAUUUAAGUUUUAUAAUGCUAAUUUUUAAUUAUUUUUUUUCAAAUAAAAACUUCCUAAAAUUA